AUGGACUGGAUGCAGCCCCGCGACCAGUUCCUGCACGGCUCGGCGCCGUCGGCCGCCCCGUCCUUCAUCCUCGUGGACGCCAACAACCGCGUCCGGGAGCUCACGGACCCGCUCAAGCGCCAGCUCGGGGCGACCCAGGGGCUGUACCACCACCAUCAUCACCACCACCACCACCACCCGUCGGCCAGCGACAAUGGCCUCUCGGCCGCCGAGCUCGAGGAACAGCGCCAACUCGAGCAACAGGUACAGGUCCAGAAGCAGGAGAUGUGCCUGAUUGCGCCUCUCCCGCGGCCAGACGUCGGCCGCCUGUGCGUGCCCACGACGUCGCACGCCUUUACCUACGGCGACUCGCGACCGGCCACUAACGUGCACUCGACGCCUCCUUUAGCCCCACCCGUGUCGCCGUUCGCGAGCAUGGCGCUCUCUGCCCCGGCGGCACCCGCGCGCAAGUCCCGCAACCCGUUCCUUAGUGCAAUGACCGACCAGAGCCCGCGCCUGCCGUCGCUCAACGCGAUGCGGAGCUCCCCAGGGACCCACCUCAAGCAACUCGGCAUCGCUUCGCGGCCGCCUCCGCUCUCGCUGCGGUCGUUCUCGGACGUGUCGACGCUGUCGUCGUCGUCCUACUCGCCGUCGCCGUCGCCGUCGCCUCUUCGUCAGCCACAAGCAGCAACAGCCACAGCCACAACACCAAUGCAGCCGCCGCAACAACAACAGCAGCAGCAGCAGCCAAAGCCGCCGUGUCGCUCGCGCUCGAACUCGUCGCUGUCGUCAGCGGCCUCCAUGUCGCCGAUGCUGUACUCGCAGUCGCUCCCCGGCGUCUCGUUCUUGCAGGACCGGAGACGCUCGCGCAUGUCGUUCGACGACUCGGACUGCACGUCAGUGCUCUCGUCCGACGACAGGGAAAGCAGCGCGCGCCUCUUCAGCUCGAGCGUCGGCCGCAGCGAAGGCAGCAGCGACGCCAUGACCGCCGCCGCAACGGCUGCCGCGGCCCAAGCGGCGCUGAGCAACAGCAACGCGCGCAGCGGUCGCGUGUGUCGGUACGCCAACUGCAGCAAUAUCGCGCGCUCGCGGGGGCUGUGCCGCACGCACGGAGGCGGCAAGCGGUGUUCGCACCCGACCUGCAACAAGAGCGCUCAGGCCAACCGCAAGUGCAUUGCGCAUGGCGGGGGGACGCCCUGUUCGUUUGAGGACUGCGACAAGACGGCGCAGUCCCGCGGUCUGUGCAAAGCUCACGGCGGCGGCGCUCGGUGUAAACACCCCGACUGUCCCAAGAGCAGCCAGUCGAAGGGUCUGUGCCGCGGCCACGGCGGCGGGAUCAAGUGCAAGGCCGAGGGCUGUGAAAAGUGGGUACAAAAGAACGGCUACUGCAUUAAGCACGGCCGCGAGCGCGCAAUGGAGUAG